GUGCACCUUGAGAAACAGCAUGCAAAAGCACAUUUGUUUAAGUCCUCAGAUGGUUAACAUUGUGCAUAACCUCCUCACAAAUUACAGCCUCAGCUGCAGCACAUCCAUUAGUCUGGAAGAAUGAAGAUUCCCAAGCGGCCCUGGUGCCUUUCCCAAUUCCCUUGCGACCCACCAAUCCUCUCAGUGCUUUCUCCGCAUGUAGGGAGUGUUCAGAGCUAAUCAGGUCAAUGAUCAUCUCACGGCUCAGGGGACAUGACAGGAGCCUAUCACAGCAGUUACACGAUCUUCCAGACCUGAGCACGCUUGCUGAGAAUCUCAUGUUAAGAAACAUUGCUUUGGUGCCUCUUCUCUCACUCCCGAGGAGCCUCUGAGGAUUUCAGCUUAUCUUUUCUCUCUCUCUCCUUUAGACAGUGAAGAGUUCAACAUCAACGAAAAAAAGGCAGAGCAGUAUGCAGCUACCCGGAGGGUGUUGAUUGAAACUUAGAUUACCCCCAAAUCAGUGUUGAUUUGAUUGAUGCUCCAGCUCUACCAGAGACAAGAUUUCAAUUAAGGUAACAAACCAAGGGUCCCUUUAGAUGGAAUUUAAUGCGGCAAAAACCUUGUCAUCAGAAGGAUUAAUGCCUGCAUUAGCAUUUCUGCAAUAAAAUCAGAAGCUAAGUGGUGGAGGCCACAGACACCUCAAACCUGGAUUCCUCUGCUCUGCAUUAAGUGCUGGAGUUUUUAUUACUUGCUGUAGGGAAGCCGUUGCCAAUGCUUACAAGGAACUGCUUAUCCCUGCUUCUCUGGGUCCUGUUUGAUGGAGGUCUCCUAACGCCACUGCAUCCACAACCGCAACAGACUUUAGAAGCAGAGCCAAGAGAAAAUGUUGUCCCAGUGCCAGGGAGGAGGUCAUCUGCCCAGCGAGUCAAACGAGGCUGGGUGUGGAAUCAAUUUUUUGUGCUGGAGGAGUACAUGGGCUCCGAACCUCAGUAUGUGGGAAAGCUUCAUUCUGACUUGGACAAGGGAGUGGGCACUGUUAAAUACACCCUUUCAGGAGAUGGUGCUGGUACGGUUUUCACCAUUGAUGAGACCACAGGAGACAUUCAUGCCAUAAGGAGCCUAGAUCGAGAAGAAAAACCUUUCUACACACUCCGGGCUCAGGCUGUGGAUGUUGACACAAAGAAACCACUAGAGCCUGAAUCAGAGUUCAUCAUCAAAGUGCAGGACAUUAACGAUAAUGAGCCAAAGUUCCUGGAUGGGCCUUAUGUUGCCAGUGUCCCAGAAAUGUCUCCAGUGGGAGCAUAUGUGCUACAAGUAAAGGCAACAGAUGCUGAUGAUCCUACUUAUGGAAACAGUGCUAGAGUGGUUUACAGCAUUCUUCAGGGGCAGCCAUAUUUCUCCAUUGAUCCGAAGACAGGUGUAAUAAGAACAGCUUUGCCAAAUAUGGACAGAGAAGUGAAAGAACAAUACCAAGUGCUGAUCCAAGCCAAGGACAUGGGAGGACAGCUGGGAGGACUAGCUGGUACUACCACUGUAAACAUUACUCUCACGGAUGUCAAUGACAACCCGCCCAGAUUUCCUAAGAGUAUCUUCCAUUUAAAAGUACCUGAGUCCUCUCACGUUGGUUCUGCUAUUGGAAGGAUCAGAGCUGUGGACCCUGAUUUUGGGAAAAAUGCAGAAAUCGAGUACAAUAUAGUUCCAGGAGAUGGAGGAAACUUGUUUGACAUCACAACAGAUGAGAACACCCAGGAAGGAGUCAUCAAACUGAAAAAGCCAUUAGACUUUGAAACAAAAAAGGCAUACACCUUUAAAGUCGAGGCCUCCAAUCUCCAUCUUGACCAUCGGUUUCACUCGGUGGGUCCAUUCAAAGAUACUGCCACUGUGAAGAUAAAUGUGUUGGACAUGGACGAACCUCCAGUUUUCAGCAAGCCUGUGUACACCAUGGAGGUUUACGAGGAUACGCCUGUGGGGACCAUUAUAGGUGCAGUGACAGCACAAGACCUCGAUGCCGGCAGCAGCUCGGUUAGAUACUUCAUCGAUUGGAAGAAUGAUGUGGACAGCUACUUUACAAUAGAUGCUACUGAAGGAACCAUUGCUACUAAUGAAAUACUGGACAGAGAAAGCACAGCACAGUACAAUUUCUCUAUAAUUGCAAGUAAAGUUAGUAACCCACUAUUAACCAGCAAAGUCAACGUUAUAAUAAAUGUCCUGGAUGUCAACGAGUUUCCUCCUGAAAUUUCAGUUCCAUAUGAGACAUCUGUAUGUGAAAAUGCCAAGGCAGGACAGGUGAUACAGACUGUCACUGCAGCAGACAAAGAUUUGUCACCAGCUGGGCAAAGGUUUUCCUUCAGACUGUCACCUGAGGCUUCCAACAAACCAAAUUUCACAAUCCAUGACUACAGAAACAACACAGCUGGGAUUGAAACCAGGAGAAAUGGUUACAGCAGAAGGCAGCAAGAGCUGUACUUUCUUCCAGUAGUAAUAGAAGAUAGCAGUUACCCUGUCCAGAGCAGCACAAACACAAUGACUAUCCGUGUUUGCAGAUGUGAUUCUGAUGGUACCAUCCUGUCCUGCAACGUGGAAGCAAUCUUCUUACCAGUAGGCCUCAGCACAGGAGCGCUGAUUGCAAUCUUGCUGUGUAUUGUUAUACUUCUAGUCAUUGUGGUACUGUAUGUAGCACUACGGAGGCAGAAGAAAAAGGACACCCUGAUGACCUCUAAAGAAGACAUCAGAGACAACGUUAUCCAUUAUGAUGAUGAAGGAGGUGGAGAAGAGGACACCCAGGCUUUCGACAUAGGUGCCCUGAGGAAUCCCAAAGUGAUUGAAGAUAACAAAAUACGCAGAGACAUAAAACCAGACACCUUGCGUUUUCCACGUCAGAGACCACCAGUGGAAGAUAACACAGACAUAAGAGAUUUCAUUAAUCAAAGGCUGCAGGAAAAUGAUGUAGAUCCAACUGCACCCCCUUAUGACUCCUUGGCAACCUAUGCUUAUGAAGGAAAUGGAUCUGUUGCAGAGUCUCUCAGCUCUAUAGACUCCCUAACUACAGAGGCAGACCAGGAUUAUGACUAUCUGAGUGACUGGGGACCUCGCUUUAAGAUCUUGGCAGAUAUGUUUGGAGAAGAAGAAAGUUAUAACCCUGACAAAGUCACUUAAGUACACCUACAACAGUGAAAUAAAAAGAAAAGUAAACCAACAACAAAUUUAAAAGAUAAACCUAAGCUUUAUAAUAGGACAGGAUUCCUUUGAUUAUAAAAGACAGCAACUGUUUUCAGCAAGUUACUACAUUUAUCAUACUGUCAGUUUUGGUUUGAUCUGCGAAGGAAAGAUAAAUCCUGUAAUAUACACAGGUUUUUGUUGUUAUUUUGUUACUCUGGAAUUACACUGAGACAAGCUCAGGCCUACAAGGUACAGUUUACUGACCUGACUUAGAAAGAAGAUAGCUUUCUGGCAUCACGGUGGAAGAGUGGUAGCUUUUUCGUAAUUCCACUAAAGUGCCUAUUGAAACUUUUAUCAUUUAAAUGGUAAAGAGUCUGCUGUGAUGGUGUUACAAAACUGAAUGGUAAAUUGGACAAGAACUUCAAGACAAGAAGCAAUAGCAACAUGCUGACUUCUUUUAGAACAAAAAAAGAGAUCACUUCCUGGAGUAUAUCUAAUGACUAAAACUAAGGGGGGGGGGGGGUGUACGUUGUGUUUGCGGGUUAUGUUUGUUUUUUUAAAAGAAGAAAACAGUAUGUCAAGAUGUCAUAUUUCUUCUUCCAAAAUUCCACUGGAAAUUUAAACUUAAAAUGCUAUUGCUCACUCUUAAGAUGUAAAGCCCAAAUUAAAAAGGAAAAGUUCUUAGCAUACAUCAAUGAAUAUUUAAAAUGUUCAUGCAAAUAUUACAUUUUCCCAAAAUAAUAAAAAGGUGAAAGCAGCUGUUCCUUUAUGUGAAGGAAAUUUCCCUUGGCUCCCCCUCUUCUUUUAAAAUGAGACUAUUACUAGAACGUAAAAUGGAGAGGGUUUUUUUAAGACUAUUACUGUAUUUUUAAUACCAAGACUUUUUUUUUCCCUUGUAAGUAUCACUAAAGAAGUAUAUGUAAAAAACUCCACAUCACUUUUCUUUGCAAUUAGAUUGUUGCUCUGUAGGUACUAUAGGCAUACAUGUUAUAGAGAUAGUUAUUUUUCAACUGACCAUCUACUACAGUUCAGCAUAUCAUUGUAUUUCACUGUCAGACCCACAUCAAACAUUUUAAAAAGCUUUUGAGGAUGGAAACCUUAUUAAUUUUGUUCUUGCCAAAAUAUUAACAAAGGCAGAAUAAAAAUAUAAAACAGUAUGUUUGUCCACACUUUAUGUACAUACCCAUGCGUAAAUGUAGCUGUGCAGGUAACAGAAGUACAGAUACACGCAAGGCAUUAUGCCAUGGAAGAUCUCCUGUAAAACUAUUUCAUGUGACUUUUUCUGAUGAUCUAAGGCAUGGACAUUUUGUAAGACAAUGGUUUAUGGCCCCUGAAGUGCAUAUAUCCUUAUAUUCUCCUUCUAAAAUCUCUGCAGUGCUAUAGAAUCUCCGAGCUCUACUCAUGAUUAAUGGCACUGGCAAGGUCAGCCCAAGUCUUUCAUGAAUCAGAAGUCUUUUAUUCACCUCAGGUCUACAGCUUACUUUCUGUAGCAUUGAAUAAUUAAUAGCUAUCAGAUAUACUUAGCUCACAAGUCUGAUAUUAACAUACGCAAAGUUCCCUUUACUCUCUUGGGGAAAUGUAAAGGUAUUUCAAAGUUGUGUAAAUUAAUCUCCCAAUGACACCUUAAAAGGUGUAUAGUUUAAAUAAGUUUUGGAUCGUUCGGUACAAUUGGACAGGGCUGCAUUAAAAGCACGAUUAGCAUAGCUUCUACCAGCAGAGUGCUGAGGAAAAGACAGCAUAUGGUAACAAGAAAGGUUUGUGGUUUUUUUCACUAUCACCAAAGGUAUCCUAUGUUCCCUGAAAGACAAACUGAGCCAACAAAAGCUCUCUUCUCACAGGAUAGGGAAGCAGAUGGAGCGGCAGGGCCCAUUUGCCAGCAUAGCAAGUUUUCACAUGGAAGGUGAUGUUUUUAAUUUUCACACAUCUUGCCAGCAUAGAAAAGGCAACUUGAUUCUGCAGAGUGGGCCUAAAACAGAGCUCUGAAAAAAAAAAAAAAAAAAAAAAAGAAAAAAUUAUAUAUUUGCUACUAGUUACAACACAGGUUUAAUUCAUAUAAAAUUCACAGUUGUGGAGGCACUUAGCAAUACUUCCUCAUGUAGCAUACGCACAGCAAUGCUUCCUACCCUGCAGCCACAGCUACAAUAAGUGUCUGACACUGCUCACUUACGGAUGUGCACUCCUUUAGCCAAACUCUGCUCUUAGUAACUGUAUUAGUCCUUUACAGGUAUUUCACUAGUAAAGUCAACAUAAGUGAGAGCAGUAUUUGACUCUCUGACAUCACGUGGCGUGCUUGCUCCUGAGAAAGUUGUAUUUGUAGCGGAUACUGGGUGAACAUUAGGUGUCUUGAAUAGGUUGCUAUUUGCUCUAAGGAGGACAGUCUGUAUGGGAGCCUGACUUCCAAAAUGGGUAGACAGAAAAUGUGGUCUUAAACAUGCUGCUACACAAAAUCCACAUUAAAGAGUGAGUUGUUUUAUGUUAAAUUAAAACCAAAUUGAAUAUAAAACUCAUAUUUUUGACCUUUAAGAGCUUUGUAACUGAGAAGUUUCUAUCACAUAAUUAAUAAACCUCCAGGAAGAUUUAAAACAAACAAAAAAAAUUGGUAUGUAAUUACUAAUGCAAUUGUCCUAUAAAAUCAGAAUUAUAAUAUUUUAAGACCUUUCUUAAAGAGUGAUCAAACAAUUUUAACUUAACAGGGGUAUUUUUUGUAAACAGCUCUAUAGAACUAAGGAAAAGAAUUGCUUUUCAUUUAUGCAUAACCUGGGAUUCAGGAAAUUUGAGUUUAAUUCCAUGUUCUCUCACUCUCUUUCUAAGAGACGCUUGUCAGGUUUUUAACACCUUAUUUUUUAAAAGGUAAUCAGACAACUAUGAAAUUUACAAGAUUUAAAAUACGUCAAGGCAUCUGAGAUGACAAAAAGUCAAUGGGAUUAAGGGACCCCUGUGCAUUUGUAAAUUCUAUCAGAUAACUAUUAUUUCAGUUUAAGCACUAUAUCUUCAAAAAGUCUCUACAAACCCUUGCGAAAUCAAGAUGUUAAAGUGGAUGCCUGUCUUUCUGUCGAUUGUGGAAAGAGCCACAAACCUCAAAUUCUCCCAGAGCGUCAGGAAGCUAAGAUAAUGCUUAAAAGACACAGAAGGGAUAGAAUUGAGAGAAAUACUUUUGUUUAAAUUUCCAAACAUAACAGACUGGUGCACAAAUGUCUAGUAUCAUCUUAAAUGUCCCAACAGUGCCCCCCUCCCCCCCAGCAAAUCACAAGACAUUCUGUAAAAUGCCUUCUGCACAUGAAGGCAUUGAGACACUUCACUGGCACAAAACAAAUCCACAUUUUAAGUUAAAUAAUUAUGACAUGCACUAGUGGUGCUGAAAUAAAAGUCUGAAUGUAAAGCAUUCAGGUAAGAAGGGAAGUAUCUAAGGAAUUCUAGCUGAUAAGCUUAUAUACAGAACUGAAGACAAAUUUGUAACAACAUUUGAAAGGAAUUUCAGGGAAGAAGGAAAAAGUCUUCCCUGCCCUCCCAAGAAAGCUGAAAAUGCCACUGGUUAGGAAAGUUCAGACAAUUUCUCUGUGGGGUCAGAACAUAAAAGAUUGCUAAUAUUUGGAUUUAAGAAUGCUACCACACAAAUCUGAAAAUGCUGUUAUUCUUGAAAAGCAACUUUGCAAUAUUGUCAGUGAGUCAAAUAGCAAGGAUUUGGAAAGCACCGACAGCAGAUGAUAUCUCUUGCACAAAGAUAUGUUUAAAUAUUUUAUACUUUCACGAUUUUUACUUAUUUUAUAAAUUUGCUCUGAAUUUUGCUGUUCAAAAUAAAAUCACAGGUGCUGAGGAUUUACUCUAGGUUGUGGAAGCAGAGUUCAUUAUGGAGCAAAGAGCGAUGAAUGAUUUGAUAGAUUACUGACAAUAUUAUUCUAGAGACUACCUUGAAAAUAUUCUUGCCUAAAGAAUAAGAUGUCCAUAUCCACAUAAAUACAACUGAUCUUUCACAACAGUAAACAAUGUGGUUCGGCAGGUGCUAUAUUCAUUUUAGAUUUACCUUGAUUAUUGUUAUGAAAGAGUUCUUAAGAUUGUGUUGCUAUGAAAUAACAAAUCUCUAUUAAAUGAAUACAAGAAGAAAAUAUAAUAAUCCACUGGGUUACAGGCAUUUCAUAUGACAUUAAUGACUGGAUUAUACUUGCUGAGAUUUAGGUUUGUAAAUUCUUUGCAGUUAUUUUAUUAGUUUUAUUAUUAUUAUUAACAUAGACAUUCAAAUCUUGUGUGUAUAGAAAUAUUUUUGAGCUUUACAAAUCUUCAUGAAAACAAAUAAUGAAAUGACCCCUAACAAUAACCCUACCGAGAUGACAUUUAAGUGUGAAUGAAAAUCAAAGUUUAUAGUACACCCCUUCACAACCUUCUCUUAAUGGCAAAUCUAUAAUAACCUGAUUCCUUUUCUCUUCUUAUUUAAAUCAAGAACCAGAUAAGUCAUCAGAACAUGAGCAACAGUUGCUAUUUUGAGCAAAACUAAGAUAAGUUCCUGUUCGGUUGGUUUUUUAAUGUUCUAUUUAUUUAAACUUCCUUUAUUCAACUUUAGUUUGCAAAUAAAAUCCCCAGAUAUUUUUUUCUAUCUUAUUUGCAUUGCUGUGGUCCCAGUCAAAAUACUUCUUAGGGUAUCUUGGGGUAUCUUGUCAAUGUGUAUAAAUACCUGAUGGACAGAAGUAAGAAGAUGGAGCCAGACUUUUCUUAGUGGUGCCCAGUGACAGGACAAGAGACAAUGGGCACAAAUUGAAAUGCAGAAAAUUCCACUAAAAUGUAAGAAAAAAGCUUCUUUAAUGUCAGGAUGUCAAGCAGUGGAUCAUGUUGCCCAGAGAAGUUGUGGUGUAUCAAUCCUUGGAGAAAUUCAAAACCCAACUAGAUUUGUCCUGAGCAUCCUGCUCUAACUGACCCUGCUGUAAGCAGGGAGGUUGGACUAGGUGAUCUCCAGAGGUUUCUUCCAACCUCAGCUAUUCUGUGAAUUAUGCUAAAAUCAUCCUGUCCGCUUAGGCUCCUAACCUCUAGUAAACUCAAUGGCAUUAGGGACAUCACUACAUAUGCAUAGUAACUAUGACUUGUUUUAGAGAGACAGCUCAGGGAGGAGUGGAGGAAUAGGAUAGCAAUCGGUAAAAUUACUAGCAAUGUGGAUAGUCUGGAGAGGGAUAAAUUAUUUACUGUCACUUCCAGUACAAGAAGUAAGGGUCGUCACAUGAAACUAGCUGGAGUCAGGAUGAAAACAAAAAACUGGAGGUGGUUCUUCGCACGAUGAGUAGCUGAGAUGAUAGACAUGGAGGCUUAGAGUUUACAUAGGUUGAAAAAGAGGCUGGACAAAUUCAUGAAAAACUAAUAAAUUGUGAGUUGCUUAAUACAGAGGAAUCACAUCUGGCUCAGGGAGUCCCUGAAUAGUGCUUGAUUAGCAUCUGGGGGAGCCACAUAACCUAGUCUGUUCCUAUAGGUUUUGCUGGGAUAUCAGCUUAUGCCAAUGCUGGAGAGGAUUACUACCCCAGUUUGACCAAUCUUAUUUUCUUAUUAUGAAUUUAUUGUAAAUUUAAUUGAUCCUCAAAUCACCAUUCCCUCAGUUCUAAUUUUCCAAAUUGCAUAGAUAAAGCCAGUUCUUUCUUUUUUAUUACAUAUCACAUGCAUAUAUGCAUGCAUAUUUUAUGAUUUCCUUCAGAUUUCAACUAUUGUAAUUGUCAUAUUUCCUUCAAUUCUGCACACCUUUAUAUAGUACUUACUUACACACUUUUGUCUUUAAAAGAGGGACACUAACACUGAUAGCUGUCAGUGAUGAUGAUACAGUUCAUCUUAGUCUAUAUUUUAAAUAUUUCAUUACUGCGUAAAGAUGAUGAUAACCUCUACAAUACGUCAUCUUUUGCAUGCAUUUCACUUCAUUAGCUGUCCUGGUUACUUCCCUGUGUCCUGAGAACACAUGAAGACAGAGAAGGGGGAAUGCAGUGACUGGCUGGCGGGAUGAGUGGCCAGUGUUAGUCCAGUAUUCAGAAGCGCAGCCUACUGCUCCCCUGCUAUGUGUUGUAAUGUUAGAGGUGAUUUAUUGUUCUCACAUGUUGAAUAUUGUGCAUUGACUAGUCAAAUGCAUGUUUUUCUACUAUAUGCCUCUGUCAGAAAGGAUAAUUCAAGAAGCAUAAAUUAAUACCCUUCUUUCUCUGAAGCUAUGAAGGUGUAUGGGGAGGAAAUGGAAUCAUAUUAGGAGAGAUGAAAAAAUAAAUACGCCUUAACAGAAUGUCGUAUAUUAUUUGGUCACAUACCUACAGUAAAUAGUUACAUUUUUAA